GCUGCAGCGUACAGAGAAAAAAUGCGGGAGCUCCCCCUGGUGUCCCUCUUCUGCUCCUGCAUGCUGCCUGAACUCAAAGAGAAACCCGCAGACAAGAAAGAAGGUGUGGUAGACCUGAACCUCUGCAUCAUCAGAGACAUGGAGGUCAUUGAGCUGAACAAACGGGCAUCCGGCCAGGCCUUCGAGGUUAUCCUGAAACCUCCCUCAUUUGAUGGUGGGCCCGAGCUGCGGGCGACCACGCCUCCUCGCAGGGCGCCCUCCCUAGAGGAGAUCCAGAAGAAACUGGAUGCUGCUGAGGAGAGGAGAAAGUGUCAGGAGGCGGAGCUGCUGAAACACCUGGCUGAGAAGAGGGAGCAUGAGCGCGAGGUGGCUCAGAAGGCCCUGGAUGAGCACAACAACUUCAUCCGGCUGGCCAAAGAGAGGCUGGAGCACCGCAUGGAGGUCAACAAGGAGAAACGCCAGGCUCACCUCACUGCCAUGCUGGAACGCCUCCAGGAGAAGGAUAAACACAGUGUGGAGGUGAGGAGAAACAAAGAGCCGAAGGAGGAGGAGGAGGAGAAGCUUGGGUAG